UUAUUAACCAUAUUGUUUCGGUAGCUGUAUAUUAUUUUUGUCUAUUAGGCUAUUUUAAUUGGUUGGUAGACAAUUCUAAUGUUGGUAAUUGUUGUAACAUCGUUUAGUAUAAUCAAUUAUUUUGUCAAUUUUGUAGUUAUCAGUUUAUUUCAUACGUUUAAAAUUAUGAAAUGACACAUAUAAACACAUUAGCCUAUAUGUCAAUGACUGUAUUGCCCCCAUUGUUAUUCGCUGUUACAGAUGAAGACGAGGUGAAGGCGACUGUGUCUGCUCUAACGUACAUCCUAACCAGUGCUGCCAAGUACGGAGUGUCUGAAGCCAUCCUGUGCAAUGAGCUUCAGCAGAUCGGCUUCCCUCGGGAACACGGGCAGGCAUUGUGUCGCGUUUAUAGUGAUCAGGUGACCGCACUAACAGGACAUCUGCGGAAGGUGAGUUUGCGCACAGCUCGUUUGGUGGAUGUGAAGACAAAGGCACGCGGGACACAUUGUGAUCUCACUCUCACAUAUUGGAGCGCUGAGACAGGGACAAGAAUACACCAAGAGCAUCACAGUGUCUAACAACAUGUUGGCUACAUUGCUUCAUGACCUAAAGAUAUGCAGUGACAAGCUUCAAAGUCUGGAAAACGAAAUAUAAUUGGAAAAUUUAUCUUCAUGAAACAUAAGAAGAUUGAUGACACUCCAGGAAUUAUUAUUUUUCAAUAAAUUAACUAUAAAAAAACAUAAGGAGUUUUUUUUCAGUAUGGAUUUAAACAGAUCAUAGGGCCUUUUGUAUUAAAAUACAACUUAUAUUUAAUGACAUGUUUACAUUAUGGGUUAAUAAAUUGUGUUUCAUUUGUAAAUCAAUAAAUAGUAUUAAACU